GUGCCCCGCUGGCGCCGAGGGGCCCAAGCCGGACGGGCUCGGCGUUGCCCUCAUUCGGGGUUUCGCGCACGGGGGCUCUGCUGCUGGCGCUCGACAUUAUCCAGCCAGGUAGUCCGCCUUCUCCGAGGGACCUCGCGCGCUUGGGCUCGACGUCAUCGGCCUGUGGAGUGUCGCGCCCUGGCUCUGUACUGCCUGCCUUGGACGCCUCGACCAUGGGUUCUUCGCCGCUACCCCAGCAGCCUUCUCGUCUUGGCCCGCCAGCCUCAUUGUCUGGGACGAUGCGGGCUGGUCCUCCGAUGGCCGUGCUGGACUUUGCCCACUCUGGCAGCACCACACCUGUGCGGUCGCACGCGCGGCCAGGGCCGAGUACAUCCAUCAAAGGCACGCUAGGGAUCAAUGCGCUGCCAGCUCCUGACAGUGCCUGGCUGGGCGCAACGCUGCCACUGCGUAGCAUGGGUCGCCCAGGGCCUUUGCUGCCAGCCUUCGGGGCGUCGCGCUCUGGCCCUCCCGCGGCAGCGCCGGAUCCCCUGCAUCUGGGCUUCCCGCCUCCGCCGCAGGACCAUGCUCGCCUUGGCGCAGCUGCCUCUCUGUCCGGCGGCGCCCGCACCGGGCCGCCCCCGCUGGUGCUGGACGCUGUGACCAUGGGCUCUCCGCCGCCCCUCCGGCAAUCUUCGCGCCCUGGGUCGCCAGCGUUUGCGUGGGGCACGAGCCGCUCUGGCCCCCUGGCGCCGACCCCAGACUGCUCCCACACGGGCCCACCGCUGCCGCCGCGCGGCCCAGCGCGCCCAGGCCCACUGGCGCCAGCGUCUGGCACCGCUCAGCCUGGGCCGCUGCUGCUGGCCUCCGACACGUCGCACCCUGGCCUGUCGUCGCCGCCGAGGUCGCCCGCUCGCCUCGGCCCCGCGACGGCCCCCUUCGGCCAGUCGCGCCUGGGCGCGCCCGCGCUGGCACCCGACCCGAUCCAUCCAGGGUCCUCGCCGCUGCCGCGGGACUCCGGGCGGUCUGGCGCCCCGCCCGCGACCUACGGCCCCGUGCGCUCUGGGCCCGCUUUGCCCGCGCUGGACCGCGUGCACUCCGGGCCCACUGUGCCGACGCGGGCGCACGCGCGCCUGGCGCCUGCGGCGCCAACCUCUGGCAUGGCGCGCUCUGGCCUGACGCCCCCGGCGCUGGACGCUUCGCUCUUUGGGCCCCCGCUUCCUCCGAGGAGCCCCUCGCGCGCAGGCGCAGCCGUCCCGACCCCUGACCUCGCGGAGCUGGGUGCGUCCCCACCAGCCCGCAGCUCCGCGCGGUGCGGGCCAGCGUCGCCGCCGUCCGGGAUGACGCGGCUGGGCCUGGUGCCGCCCGCGUCCGACGCGGCAGGCUCAGGGGCGUCCCCGCUGCUGAGGGCCUCUGGGCGGCCCGGGCCGCCUCCGUCCGCCUCUGGCGUCGCGAACUCCGAGCCCCCGCUGUCGACCCUGGACGACGCUCUGGCGGGAGCCCCUCCGCCGCCGCGCACCUCGGCGCGGCCAGGGCCCUCACCCUCCGCCUGGGGCACGUCGCGCUCCGGCCCGCCCACGCCCGUAUCCGACCCCAUUCACGCGGGCUCCAGCGCGCCUCCCAG